UAGAGAGCCCAUUCAGUCUCCGUCAUGGCCCCUCGGUAUUUCCACCCGGCCGACUACUGCGUGCUCGUAGCCGUGCUGGGCCUUUCAACGUUAAUAGGCGUGUUCUUUGCUUGGAAGGACCGCCGUAGCACCGACAAAAAGGACUUCUUCGGGGGAAGUAAGCAAAUGCAGAUGUUUCCAGUAACACUAUCCAUGACGGCCAGCAGCAUGUCAGCGAUCGCCAUAUUGGGUGUACCUGCGGAGAACUUUCUCCACGGCUCCCAGCAUAUGGUCGCCGUCGUUGGUGUCGCCAUAGCUAGCCUUGUGGCUGCCCACGUGUCGCUGCCCGUUUUCUAUCACAUGGACAUGAUCAGUGUGAACCAGUAUCUGGAGAACCGAUUCAAUUCUGUACUGAUCAGGAAGAUUAUCUCCGCUUUGACCGUUAUAGAAGUGUGCUUCUAUAUGGGGGUAGUGCUUUAUGGCCCGUCACUUGCACUCGUUUCAGUGACAGGCCUUCCAGUCUGGGUUUCCAUCGUGCUCAACGGAAGCGUUUGCGCCUUCUACACGACAAUAGGAGGCAUAAAAGCUGUCGUUUGGACUGACGUCCUGCAGGUGCUGCUGAUGAUUUUCGGACUGCUGAUUGUCCUUAUUAAGGGUUUCAUGGUGAUCGGUGAGCCAAGUGCAGUUUUCGACGCGGUCAACAAACAGGGGCUUCUGGAAUUUUUUGACAUGAGCUUGAACUUUCAGAAAACUUUCACCUUUUGGAGCGUCGUUGGCGGGAACUCCAUCACGUGGAUCUCGGGAUUCGGCAUGAACCAGGUCAUGGUACAACGUUACUGCGGUCUUGCAUCAAUUCGCAAGGCACGAACGGCGCUUUACAUCAAUAUGCUGGGAGUAUCAUCAAUACUGACGAUUUCAUCGCUAUGUGGCCUGUUGCUCUUCGCGCUCUAUCACCGAUGUGACCCGCUCAAAGCAGCCAUGAUAACCAAGUACGACCAGUUGAUGCCGCACUUUGUGAUGGAGACGUUGGGUCACCUGCCUGGAAUCACGGGGCUUUUUGUCGCGGCAGUUUACAGUGGGAAAUUCAGCACGUUGUCGUCUGGGUACAACGCCUUGGCCGCCAUCGUCUGGGAAGACUUCAUAAAGCACAUUGUGAAACUCUCUCCCAAAGGUGUCAUGUGGGCAAUGAAGGCCAUCGCUGCCGGUUUUGGUCUCAUCGCGGUGGUCCUGGCGUUCCUCUCCGCGAGCCUGCCUUCUGUCUUAUCGGCUGUUUUUGUCACGACUGGAUCAAUUAAAGGUGCAACUGGCGCGGUAUUUAUCCUCGGUCUCCUGCUUCCCUGGUGCGGAAGUGAGGUCGCUAUGUCGUCAAUGUUUGCGGGAUUUGGGUUGGCAUUGUGGGUGGCUGUUGGACGUCUUCUGUACCCUGCCAAGCCCAGUGGCGCCCGCACCACCCUUGAGGAGUGCGCCUUCAACUACACGGCUACUCUUCCUGUUCAGCGGAGUUACUUCUCAGGGGGAGUAUACGACUUGUACCACGUGUCCUACAUGUGGAUACCGGUCAUCAGCUUCUUCGUCACGCUUGUGGUAGCUAUCUCCCUCACGGUAAUUUUCUCGUUUAAGAAGUCCGUCGAUGUAGAUCCGAGCUUGAUAUCACCUUGCAUGAGAAAAAUAUACCUGAUGAUCAAAACCCACAAAAAGGAGCAGUCAGCCAAGGAACAGACACCUGUUUCGAUGAAGAUGGAGGAAACAUCUGAUCCGGCGGUGCCCAGUGUUGUCAGCGGAAGUGGAAACGGUUACACGAAUCACGCCAUGACAAGUGACAACGACGUUGAACGAACAGACAUUUAAUCGUUAACAACAACCAAUGCAGUUAUGUUGUAGACUUUAGCGAUGUAUCCCAGUAUGUGAGUCUCGAAAAGUUUAUUCGAACUCUCGCUGUUACAUAUUGCAGCGCACUGGAGGUACGAGUUAUGUAUAUAUAAGAAAGAGGCAUAUUUACCGUUUGAAUGUAUAACGCGUUCAUUACAAGAUAAGCUAAAUGAGGUGCCUCUGCUUCGUGUUUGCAGUAGUGUCGCAGACAUAUUUCUUCGAAAUUUUGUGAUAGCAUGUUGAGCGUUGCAUUUAUUGGGUACUCGUGAAUUUCCUUCACUCUGGCGAGAAUGGAUGCCCCAAGAAGUUUUUUUUUU